CAUGCGAUCAACAUCACCCAUCACCCGCAGAGACUACAUAAAUACUUACUCUAGAUAUUCACAUGGUUUUAUGUUAUUUUUCAAAAUGAUUUUAAACUGGGUGGCGACCUUUUUGCUGGUAACGGUUGCUGUUUUGGCGGGAAAAGCAAGCUCGUUGUAUAUUUCGGACGAGAAUGAUCUGACUCAUAAUGAAAUAAGAAGCUAUUUUGGAGGAGUGGUUUCUGGAGCAAGAAAAGGACACAACUACGACAUUAUUGACAUAUGGGACCAGCCAGAGUCCACCCUGGGCAAGCUCCCACUUCGUUCGGCAUCCCACAACAAUCAUCACGACAUUCACUUCACAGCCUUCCGGGAAAAAUUCCACCUUCGCCUCCACAAGAACGACUGGCUCGUCCGGGACGGAUUGCGGAUGGAAACCCUUGGACGUAACGGGUCCGUUGUGGACAGCAAGGUUGUACGAGGUGACUGCCACUACUUCGGGAAAAUGGUGUCUCACAACAGCUCAUCCAUUGCACUCAGUAAAUGCAAUGGUUUGACUGGAAUGUUCAGUUAUGACCAGCACGACCUUUUUGUGAAGCCACUACGCAAUGACCACGCGGAACAAUAUAGACGAAGAAGAAGAGAUGCGGUUGACCCUCACAUCGUGUACAGACGGUCUGUGGAUGACGGUAGUGAUGCGGCAGCCAGGUUCUGUAGCCCUCCGCCACCGGAGAGAGACCCCGAGACAGGUUUGACCGUAGAUGAAGAAAUGAUUGCUGCCCUCGACGGCAAGAUAUUGCCACCUUCUCUACAAUCUGGCCAGAAAUUCAUGGAACUGAUGGUCACCGUGGACAACGAAAUGCGCAAAUAUCACGGAAACGAUGAUCUGGACACCUACGUCACUAGCAUUUUGAAUAUUGUUGCUCGUCGAUUUGUUGAUCCAAGCCUCGAUGCCAAUAUUCAUCUUCAUCUGGUUAAGUUUUAUGUUCUGGAGAGCGAUGAAGUAGGCACGGCAUCUGAUCAGUUUCCGACGGACUACACUUUCACUGUCACCAACAAUGGCCAUGAUCUCUUGGAUGACUUCUGUCAAUGGCAAGCAAGAAGGAACACAGUCGAUGAUGCUGACCCUGAUCAUUGGGAUAAUGCUAUGCUCAUAACAAGAUAUGAUCUGAUCAACCCAACGGAUGGUUCCAAUUCACUUCUGGGCAGGGCACCAGUUGGAGGCACCUGCCACCAUACUCGCCAGUGUUCAAUCAAUCAGGAUGAUGGGUUGGGAUCAGCUUUGACCAUUGCACAUGAGACUGGCCACACACUGAACUUGAAUCACGACAGUUCAUAUGGAUGUCCAGAUAGCAUUAACAUCAUGUCAGCUAUAAGGUCAUCAGGGGAGAAUGCUUUCUCUUGGUCAAUGUGCAGCCAAACCAACAUACAGAAAUUCUUAAGAAACCCAGUGAGUAGUUGUUUGAACGAUGAACCAGCAGGUAGUCCUAUAUCCACCAAUGAGCUUCCAGGUACCAUCUACAGCUAUGCUGACCAAUGUAGGUUCACCAUUGAUGUUGAAGGGUUCAUAUACCCAGUAAACGGAAAGGUUGUUUGCUCAGUGCUGGCAUGUGCAGAUUCAGGCAGAGCAUGGAGGUCCUCAGGAACUCCAGUAAUGGAAGGAACAGAAUGUGGGACUGAUAAGUGGUGUAUUGAUGGUAAGUGUGUCCAGAGAGUGGCCUUACAAGGAGCAGUGGAUGGUCAGUGGUCAGACUGGCAAGCUAUAUUCAAACCAUGCUCACGUACAUGCGGUGGGGGCGUAAGGCUACGUAAGAUUCGCUACUGCAAUAACCCAAGACCCUCAAAUGGUGGAAGGAGCUGUGAAGGAAACAGUGAAGAUUUUGAAGUUUGUGAAAACCAGCCUUGUGAAACAUCCCAAGAUGAAUUCAGAGAUGAACAGUGUAAAGCAACGAGUGACACGCCGUUAAAUGGAGUCCUCUACAACUGGCUAACAGGAUACACCAACGGUCUGACAGGGGAUGAGCUAUGUGAGCAUAAAUGCCUGAGCGAAGACAGAAUAAUCAACGGUAGGGAGCCAUUUCAGUUUAUUGAUGGAACACGAUGCUGGCAUGGUGAGGAAGCUGAUGCUGAUAAACUUGAGCUGUGCCUUGGAGGAACAUGCAGGACUUUUGGGUGUGACGGGCGAGAAGGCUCAGACGCAGUGUUUGACAACUGCGGCUGGUGCAACGGUGAUGGGUCCAAAUGCACCCUGGUCUCCAAUAGCUACACAGGUGGUGAUAGUAUAGGUUUCAAUCGUGUUUUGACUUUGCCUUCUGGUUCAACCAGAGUACAGCUAUCCAACCUCAACAACCGAUACUCCUACUUGGCUUUGAAGUACAGUAAUGAGUAUGUCGUAGAAGGCAAUGGUAGAUACGCUCCAUCCAGUGGACGAUACAGUGCAGGAAACGCUGUCGUUAUCUACACUAGGAGAAACGGAGUAGAAGAGAUGACCAUUACUGGACCAACAGAUGGAGAGAUCGUUGUAGAUGCUUAUCUAGUACUAGACCCUAAUGUAAACUACGCUGCUGGAGUGAAUGUCAGACCGGAUAUACGCUACCAGUAUUACCAACCGAGUGGAGCUCAGGAAUUGUACCAAUGGACGACUUCAUCUUUCAGUGAAUGCUCAAGGACCUGUGGAGGCGGUAGGCAGACUAGAUCAGUGACCUGUCGUCUCAUGACUGCUGAUAGGAGAACGGUGACUGCAGAGAAAAGCCUCUGCCCUCAGCCCAAGCCUAGUACACGCCAACCAUGCAAUGUAGAUGCUUGCCUCGCUGAGAUACCAGCGCAAUGGGAGACGAGUCAAUGGUUCCCGUGUUCUGAAACUUGUGGGCAAGGAACUCGUGUCAGGAUGGCAAGCUGUAUACGGGACGGCAUCGAGGCCCCCGGGAUGUGUGAAGAUUCCAACAAACCAUUGAUACAGGAGUCUUGCACUGUGCAGGAUUGCCCCUCAAUAGAUCAAGACUGCAAUGGACUGUCUGUGAAAUCCUCGGGUAUUAUCGACACACUCGGUAGAACGACUUCUAAAUCAACCUGUACCCAGAUCAUUGCAGUAGCCCCAGGGAAAAUGAUUGAACUGAAAAUCAUACAACUUUCUGUUGACUGCAACAAAGAGAGUUUUAUUUUAAAGUUUGGAAGGAGCGAGCAGAGACUUUGCGGACGGAUCGCCAAUCGUCUGUUUACGAUACCAACUAACAUUCUCAGUAUUGAGCAUAAUCUUAUGGAUUCUAGUUUAUUUGGUGGUUACCAUCUCACAUACAGCUUGACAGAUGCUACCACUCAGCCUAAUCCUUGUGACCGGGUGAUGACGAAAGCCAAAGGUUCAAUCACGAGUCCGAAUUGGCCCAAUCCGUACGGAGCAAAUCAGAUGUGUACAACCACCAUCGUUGCUGCGCCAGGAAAGACGAUUAAACUCAAGUUUAAAAAGUUUGUCUUGGAUGGUGCAGAGCCCUCGUGCUUGACUGAUUCUGUUUCGAUUACUGACUCGGCCAACCUACAAAGUAAAUCUGUAAACUGCGGGACCAAAAAGAGGUUCAACUACCGAUCCAAAAGUAACAUGAUUACUGUGGUGUUCAGGUCGGACUCCAAUACUCAACUUAAAGGAUUCAAAGCUAAUGUACUCCAUCUUAACUAAACGGCUUUAUAUUUAUUAAUUUUUAAAGCAUUUUGGCUUUAGACUUGGCUUGGGGCACUAGCUGCUGACGCUCAAUUUAAGACCAUGGCCCAAAUUCAUAAAGCCUAUAAGCAUAAAAACUUGCUAAGCACAUAACAAUAUUGGUUAUCAGAAAGUGUUUAUACCAGUCAACAACACAAAUGUUUACAUUGUUGCAGCUGAUGCCCCACUCGUUAUUUUGCUUAGCAAAGAAUUUUGCCUAGCAGUAUUUUGUCUGCUUAAAGCUUCGUGAAAUGGGCCCAUGUCUCAAAAAGCUUCAAAACUCGUUAUGCAACCUACUACAAGUCAAUAUUUAGUAAUUUAUUUAUUUAUCUGCUUAAAGUAUAUUGAAUUAUUUAUUUAUUCAGUGUUUUCAA